AUGGCAGCCGCUGCAUUGUUUCUGCCUUCUGCUGCUGCGUUGUCCAAGAGGCUAUCCAGACACUGCAAAUCAUUAGCCCAAAGAGUUAUUACUGAACGCCUUAGAUCGGUGGAAAUUGUUCUCGCGUUCAUGGUGAAUGUUCCGUGGAUGGCACCCGGAAGUUGUCUAGGCGAUGACGAUACCUGUUACUACAUAGGAAUGGCUCUUACUGUUGCCCUAGACCUGUCUUUGAAUAAGAUCGUGCUUCCAUCAACUAGUUUUGAAAGCGGUCUUCUCAAGAGACUGGCCAAGGCGGACAGUAUUGACGCCAGGAGAGCAUUGAACAUUGAUGGGUUUGAAGACGUGGAGCCAGCAUCUGAGUGGGGUCAGAGACUUUUGAGGCGAAGAGAAAGAACUUGGAUUGCCCUUUUUGUGCUUGAAAGAGGGUAUGGCAGCCAAUUCCUGAAACACUAG